ACGGGCCUUCCUCUCCUCAGGUCCAGCUGGGAGCUCCCGGACCUCCAGGAAGGCAAGAUCGAGGCCAUCAGCGACUCGGACGGGGUGAACUACCCCUGGUACGGCAACACCACGGAGACCUGCACCAUCGUGGGCCCCACCAAGAGAGACUCCAAGUUCAUCAUCAGCAUGAAUGACAACUUUUACCCCAGCGUCACGUGGGCCGUGCCCGUCAGCGAGAGCAACGUGGCCAAGCUGACCAACAUCUACCGGGACCAGAGCUUCAUCACGUGGCUGGUGGCCACCAACACCGCGACCAACGACAUGAUCAUUUUGCAGACGCUGCACUGGCGCAUGCAGCUUGGCAUCGAGGUGAACCCCAACCGGCCCCUGGGCCAGCGCGCCCGGCUGCGGGAGCCCAUCGCCCAGGACCAGCCCAAAAUCCUGAGCAAGAAUGAGCCCAUCCCGCCCAGCGCCCUGGUCAAGCCCAAUGCCAACGACGCGCAGGUCCUCAUGUGGCGGCCCAAGUACGGCCCGGCGCUGGUGGUGAUCCCCCCUAAGCACCGGUAACAGCCAGGGCGCCCGCGAGGUGACACCCAAAUAAUCACACCGCGCAAACAACCCGCACGGGCUCUGCAGUCGUUCAGCGAAAUACAACCUUUCUACCUUCUCCAGCGGGCGGAUCUCACUGUGCGAACGCGCGGGGAUGCCCCCCCCCCCACCCCCCCGCCCUCCUGGGACCUGCUUCCCCCGGGGGGAGGGAGGAGACCCAGGCGGGACCGACCGCUCCACGUGCGCCCUC